AUGGUUAUACAACAGGUUAUGGUACAAGGUGACAUACUUGCAAAGUUAGGAACAAUGCAGAACAUGGAUGGCUCCUUCUCUAUUAGAAAGAUGUACCUACACGUGAUACCUCAGCACCCUAAAGUCCCUUGGCAAAGCCUUACACUGCAGCAAAACAUACAUCCACGAGUGAAAUUUAUGCUAUGGCUAGCAAUGCAAAACAGGCUGGCAACUGUGGAUCGACUGCAGAUGAUAGGCAUACAAGCUCCUAUGGCUUGUGUAUUCUUUCAUAGUGUCAUUGAAACUCAUGCACAUCUAUUCUUUGAAUGCCAAGUUACAGGUGCAUUGUGGCUGAGAUUACUGACCUGUCUUGGGCAUAUCAGGAUCAGAGGAGAUGCCAAACAUGAAAUGAAAUGGGCAUGCAGUAUGGCAAAGAGGAAGAAUGGACUGGGAGCUAUCACCAGCUGUACAUAUGCAAUGGCAGUCUAUGUCAUAUGGAGGGAGAGGAAUCUACUAAGGUUCCAAAAAAGCACCUAUGAUGAAGAUAGAGUCAGUAGAGAAAUAGCAAUACAUAUUCACAUUAGAGGACAAAACCUUAGGAAAUGGCGCAAGCCUUUGAGUCUUCUGAGUUCAUACCCUUAG